AUGCCACACAAGCUUAGCAGCGGCCCGCCAUUCCGGGCCGAGCACAUGGGCUCACUACUACGUCCAGACAACCUCCUCGAAGUUCGUGAGAAGGUUGCCACCGGAAUCUCCGCCGAAGCUGCCGGGCUGCCCACCAUCGAACAAGAAGCCAUCUGCGAUGUCGUCAAGAUGCAGCGAGACCUCGAGUUCAAGGCCGUUACUUCUGGCGAGUUCAACCGCACCCGAUUCUGGGGAUUGAUGUGGGAUGAGUUCCAGGGAACAAUCCGCCUCCAAGACGCCGAAUCCUCAAUGUUCAGACUCUACCACCCAGACGUGGUAAGCCUGAUCGAAAAAGACAGAAAAGUAAUGCCGGGUGACUCUGUUAUCGCAGGGAGCAAGCUCUCCCACAGCGUCUCAGCCUCCCAAUCCAACCUGCACGAGCUGCGUCUAGUCCAGGCGUCGCUGCCACAGAGCGAAUGGCACAAUAUCAAACUGACGAUGAUCACUCCCGCCUGGUUCCACAUGAGAUACAAGCAAGGACGUGCAUACACCCCUGACGCCUAUUCCAAUGACGCGGAGUACUUCGCCGACGUUGCGAAAGUGUAUCGCGCCGAGCUUGCGUCGCUGUAUGCAGCCGGUCUGCGAAACGUGCAAUUCGAUGACCCCGGGAUGGCGUAUUUCUGCUCGACAUCGUUCCGGGAGGGAUGGGCGGAUGAUGCCGAUAAUGAAGGGACUGUGGAUGAUUUGUUGGACGCUUAUAUUAAGCUUUACAAUGAUUGUUUUGUUGGAUUGCCUGAUGAUAUGCAUACGGGGAUUCAUCUUUGUCGGGGGAAUUUUAUUGGGGGACGGCAUUUUUCUGAGGGGUCUUAUGAUAUCAUUGCGAAGAAGUUGUUUGAGGAUUUGGACGUUGACACUUUCUAUUUGGAGUAUGACACUGAGCGGGCUGGGGGGUUUGAGCCGUUGAAGUUUUUGCCCAAGGGGAAGAAUGUUGUUGUCGGGGUUAUUAGUACCAAGGUGCGGGAUUUGGAGGACAAGGAGGUUAUGAAGCAGAGGAUUUAUUCGGCUGCUGAUUUUGUUGCUGAAGGGUCUGGGGAGACUAGGGAGGAGGCGCUCAAGAGGAUUUGUGUCAGUCCCCAGUGUGGAUUUAGUACUCAUGAGAGUGGGUAUCCUCUUCUUGGUGAGCACCAGAAGAAGAAGUUGAGUCUGGUGAGGGAGAUUGCGGAUGAGAUUUGGGGAGAGGCUUGA